GAUAAAGGAAAGAGAGUUAGAGAAAGAAAAGUUACUUUAUAAGAACGACAGUUACUGAUAUUAGCUGAAAGAAGAAGUGGAGAGAGAGAGAGAGAGAGAGAGAGAGCAAGAGAAGAGGAGGAGAAAGAGAGUGAGCGAGUGGUCAGAAAGGGGAAGUGUGCCUGUUGGGUGGAGAGCAGCAGUGGUCAAUGAGAGCGUGUGAGGGUCAGUAAUGCAGUAAUGGAGCGGGACAGAAUCACUGCCCUGAAGAGGUCGUUCGAGGUGGAGGACGUGGACUCCUCUUCACACUCUUCCUCUCCCCAUAUCCGCCGCACACCCUCUAAUGCUCAGCAGCGCAGCGCCAUCUCCCCAUCCACCAGCCGGCACUAUGAGCUUGGCUCCAAUGGCACCAAGCCCUUCGAUAUCUCCAAACCCAAAGCACGGACCCCUGAACCUGUGUCACGGCGUUCCGAGCUCUCCAUAGACAUCUCGUCUAACAACAACGGCAAAGCCAUCGAUGGAUCACCCAGCGCUGGAAUCGCCCGUUUUGGCCUGAAGAGGCCCGAGGCUUUGGGCCACAGCAAGACGCCAGAGACGCAGAAACACUCAGUCACAUUCAGUAAGACGCUGGAGACCAUCGCCCCGAUCUCCCGGACACCAUCCGCCGUGGUGCCGCACGCCAGCUCCAAACUCCCUGAGACUACAUUCAGGAGGAACGAGCCACCCAGCCCAGGGGACGGGUCGCGUCGGCCCGAAAUCAGUGUCACCAAGCCAACUGAGAGUAAAGGUCAGGAGAAUCAUCAUCAUACUCCAAUCACAACGAGGUGUGCCUCACCAAAUCACGCCGGACGGAAGUCACCCAGCACUGACGGACACAGGUCAGAGGUCAUCACCAGUUUCUACGGUAACAUGGCAGACGCAGCAAAGGCAGCGCAGCCUCAACCAGCGAAGCCCGAGAAGGGGGCGGAGUUUGGCUAUGUGGGCAUCGAUGCCAUCCUGGAGCAGAUGAGGAGGAAGGCCAUGAAGCAGGGCUUCGAGCUCAACAUCAUGGUAGUGGGUCAGAGCGGUUUGGGAAAAUCUACUCUGAUCAACACACUGUUUAAGUCUAAAGUGAGCCGCAGGUCAGUGAUGUCCAGUGACGAGGAGAGGAUCCCCCAAACCAUCGAGAUCAAAUCUAUCAGCCAUGAUAUCGAAGAGAAAGGAGUAAGAAUGAAGUUAACAGUGAUCGACACGCCAGGAUUUGGAGACCAGAUCAACAACGAGAACUGCUGGCAGCCCAUAAUGAAGUUCAUUAAUGAACAGUAUGAAGAGUACCUGCAGGAGGAGAUCAACAUCAGCCGGAAGAAGAGAAUCCCAGACACACGCGUCCACUGCUGCAUUUACUUCGUACCACCUACAGGACACUGUCUGCGGCCGAUUGACAUCGAGUUCAUGAGGCAUCUGAGUAAAGUGGUCAACAUCGUCCCCGUCAUCGCUAAGGCAGACACGCUGACGCUGGAGGAGAGAGAUUUCUUCAAAAAAAAGAUAAGGGAGGACUUGCGAGCCAAUGAGAUUGAAGUUUACCCUCAGAAGGAGUUUGAUGAGGAUGCGGAGGACAGGAUGAUCAAUGACAAAAUCAGGGACAUGAUUCCUUUUGCUGUAGUGGGCAGUGAUCAGGAGUACCAGGUGAACGGGAAGAGGCUGCUGGGGAGGAAAACACGAUGGGGCACAGUGGAAGUUGAAAACACUGCGCACUGUGAGUUUGCCUACUUGAGGGAUCUGCUGAUCAGGACCCACAUGCAGAACCUAAAGGACAUCACCAGCAGUAUUCAUUAUGAGGUUUACCGCGUGCGCAGACUCAACGAAAACAACACGCACUCCAACGGUCAGCCGAAUGGCCACUCCAACGGAGUCCCCGCCCACGAAGUCCUCUCACAUGAGAUGUAGACGUCCAUCCAUUCUUCUGUUCCUCCUGCCAUCCGUCUAUAAAUCCAUGUUUUUAUCAAAGAGGAUGUCUUUUGUUUUACAUUGUAAAAGUCGAUAUUGUCUGAGUGGUUUAAACAGAUUUUAUCUGGUUGCCCACCGAAUGGCUGUGUGAACCACACUCACUCUGCUCUCUUACUCUUUUUGUUUGAGAGAGCCUCUUUAUUGACCUCUUCAGGCUCUGCCCACAAACGCGUUCUUUCGUGACUGUUGUUGACCAAGUUCUAGAGAAUGCUGGACAAAAUCCUAUUCAGUCUAUUGAGAAACUGUAGAGCAGACUCAGUUUAUAUUACAGUACCUACUCAUAUCAAACCAACACAGUGUUUGUGUAGAGUCGUUACAUGACGUUGAGUUUGAAAUGCUACAUAAUCGAGCUGGACUGUUGCAGCCAAUCAAAAAUAAGAAACCGUGGCCGUGGCCUUGUUCAUUCACUGUGCUAACAUUAGCUAGAUUAUAUAACUAGGCUGCAUCCAAGUCUGAACUUUCUCAGUAUGUUGAAUGGGAUUUUCAACAUUGCUCUGUAAAGUUUGUCCAGCCUCACUACGACAGAACGCUUAUGUUUAGCUGCUCCCAAAGCACCGUUCAAAAGCCCAGAUACUCGGCACACAUGAUCAGCCACGCUUAGACUGAUCAGAGCUGCCUGCAAUAUGUGGUGGUAAAGGUGUUUCUAUGUUUGGAACAGUGUGGUUUGUUCUGUAAUUCUGUAAUUAGUGUUUUGUUUGUCUUCAUUUUAGCACUGUGCUUGCUGCCAAAAUCCUAAUUUUUCAUAAAGUUAAUUGGUGAAUUGAUAUCA